CUUAAAUAUGCAUGACUUUCAUUUAAAAGGAUAAAACGAAUAAUUUUGAGGCAAACCGUGAAUGAUCUUAAAACAUGUAUCAUCCUAGCAGAGGCGGUGUCCGUGGUGGCCGAGAUCAAUUUAAAUGGGAUGAUGUGAAAGUUGAUAAGCACAGAGAAAAUUAUUUGGGUCACAGUAUCAAGGCUCCAGUUGGGAGAUGGCAGAAAGGCAAAGAUUUGUUUUGGUAUAAUAGAGACAAGAAAUCUGAGGGGACGGAACAGGAUGCCCUCAAGGCAGAGAUUCAAAAGGUUAAAGAAGAAGAAGAGCAGUUAAUGAGGGAAGCUUUGGGUUUUGCUCCAAAACGCUCUAACCGACCUCAAGGGAAUCGUCUUGAUAAGCAUGAGUUUUCUGAACUCGUAAAGCGUGGGUCAACUGCUGAGGAUUUAGGUGCAGGUCAUGCUGAAGCUGCACAAGUCCAUGGACUUGGUUUUGCUAGAGCUCCUCGUACAAUGGACACGUCAAGUUCUUUUCAGCAAACCAUCCAAGGUACUAUCGUUGAGACAGAUGCGUCUGCCCAUGAGGAGGUUUCAAAGAAAGUGUUUAAGCAGGAGUCUGACGAAGAAGGUAAACAUAAGAAGAGAAAGCAUGACGAGAGGAAGCGAGAGAAGCAUGAAGACAGGAGGCGUGACAAGCAUGACGAGAAGAAGCACAAGAAGCAUGAAAAGCAUGAGAAGCGGCAUUCUCGUGACUCUGAUGACAAGAGGAAACGUCGGAAGGAAAAGGAGAAGAGAAGACAUGAUUCAGAUUCUGAUUAAUUGUUUGUGGAUGAUGUUGUAUGCGUGGCAAAUUGAAGUUGUUCAUAAAUCCAAUUCCCAAGGCCCUUCCCUUGGCCUCUCCCCUCAUAAUUACUUUCUUAUAUCAGUUAGACCCGUCAAAUGGGUCUGUUGAAUUGGGUUCUGUAUAAUUUUUAUAGGUUAAGUACUUGAGUCAUGCAAUAGUUCAAUACCGGUCUUGGGAUUUGGGUUAAGUAGCAUGAUGUAUGACCAUUAUCUCAAAAUUGUAUUCAAAUUUCUCUUAAAUUGCAAGUUCUCACGCCUAGAAUUACUUGAUGGGGGUAAUACUAAGUUGGAAAAA